CAAGAGAGAGAGAGAGCGUGAGAGCCCCAAAGCUAGCGACAUGUCCCUGUGGGGAGCAGAGCCUCUGCACCCCAGAGUGAGGAGAACGCAGGGGUCAGAGGUGGCUGCAGGGCGCGCAGAGGAGGGACCUGCCGAGGGGGUGGGCUGGCGGCCUGGUGGCCUGGGAACAGUCAGGAAGGGAAGGCAGCUGGUGACAAGAGAGCCCAGAGGCACCUGGGGCUGCGUGGAGAGCCCGGAAGCCUGCAGCCAUGCCGCACAGCUCCGACAGCAGCGACUCGAGCUUCAGCCGCUCUCCUCCCCCUGGCAAGCAGGACUCAUCUGACGACGUGAGGAAAGUUCAGAGGAGAGAGAAAAAUCGCAUUGCUGCCCAGAAGAGCAGGCAGAGGCAGACGCAGAAAGCAGACACCCUGCACUUGGAGAGUGAAGACCUGGAGAAACAGAACGCCGCUCUGCGCAAGGAGAUCAAGCAGCUCACAGAGGAGAUGAAGUACUUCACGUCGGUGCUCAGCAGCCAUGAGCCCCUGUGCUCAGUGCUGACCACCAGUGUGCCCUCGCCCCCCGAGGUGGUGUACAGCACCCACGCCUUCCACCAGGCCCACGUCAGCUCCCCGCGCUUCCAGCCCUGAGCUUUUCCAGAGAUGGGGGAGAGCAGAGCC